AUGCAAAUCCUUGGAAGACCUCAAAACAAAAAGCUUCAGGACGAUGUGUUUUGUCUGACCGAAGAACGAAAUUACUUUCAAUCCAAAUAUUUGGAACAAAUUUCGGAAAUCACAGCCAUGAAGAACGAACUCACCAAAGCCAAACGAGAGAUUCAAAAGCUGCGAGAGGAAGUCAUGACGGCGUCGGUAGCCAGCAUGUCGGCAUCUGGCAAUGAACAGAAGGAAGAAGAUGCUUCUACGCUCAUGACCCAUGAGGAAUACCUGGAACAACGACAGGCGCAGGUCAAUAUUAGCAUUUCGUCUUCGGAACUACCGCUGUUGCCCACACAACCAGAAAUAGAGGAAGAAAAGAAGGAAGAAGAGGAAGAUAGUGAGGAUAGUGAGGAACAACACGAACACGACUCUGAAUCUGUCACGGAAUCGAGUGAAGAGGAUGAGGACGAUGAUGAGGAAGAGGACGAACGAGAGACUCUGCGCAAGAAUGCCGAAAAGCUGCUGCAGUGGGCGGAUUACCGAUCUAGUUUCCGAGGAUCCGUGUCGAGUGUGGCUUCGCCUACCAAUUCCACGGCGAGAUCGUCUGUGGGGGUGCCAAGAACCAUCCAAUCUACCUCUCUGAAGGAAGAUGUCGAAGAAGAAAUGUCUGUGCAAGAAUAA